AUGCAACCACCCGCAGGCCUGCGCCAGCUCACGUCCUCGAUCUCAGCAGCCAAUCGGCAGAGCCUUUGGCCACGUGCCUGGGCCAUCUGGAUCCAGUGCCAAGGACUCGAGCUCGAUGCCUUCGCCUUGAGUGCCGCAGCAGCAACUUGCGACAGGGGCCGUCUCUGGAAGGAUGCCGUGGUGCUACUGGAACAAGCCGCGCAUGGGAAUGUUUUUGUGGAUGUGGUUCUGCGCAAUGCGGCCGUGGGCGCGGGUGCAAAAUGUGCCCAAUGGCAGAGUGUGCUGCGGCUCAUAGGCUUCCAGGCAGGAGAUGAACAAAGGCCUACAACAAUCAGCUUCAAUUCUGCAGCAGAUGCCUGCAGCAAAGGGUCCCGCUGGGAGAGUUCUUUUUCCGUCACUGAAGUGCUUCUGCAUAGACGCUUGCGUGCAUCAUCAACCACAGCAGGUACCCUCGUCGCCGCUGCAGAACGAGGAUCGCAAUGGCAGAAGGCGCUGUCACUGAUACAAGAUGUGCCACACUUGCAAGUCAACAUCGUGGCCUUCAAUGCAGCCAUCGCGGCCAUGGAACGAGUCUGCCAGUGGCAACGUGCGGUGCUGCUUCUUUGGCAGUCUGCAAGAGAAGGUUUGGUGCCCACACUUCAUACGAUGAACACGGCAUUGAGCGCUUGUGCUCGUGCUGGGAAGUGGCAGCUUUCCUUGACCUUGGUGGAUAUGGCGAGCAGCUUGGGCAUCCAGGUUGAUACCAUUAGCUGGAACUCCGUCCUCAGCGCCUGUGCUUGGACGCGGCAAUGGGAGAUGUGCUUGGCUUGCUUAAACCGCAUGGAGCUCAAGAAGCUUGCCGCCGAUUGCAUCUCAUUUGCAGCCAUUGUGGAUUCGCUGCCAUGUUCUGAGCACGCCGGACAGAGUCAUCUUGCUUCCGAGCUCCUUUCGCUGAUGCAAGAGCAGGCAGUUGAGUCCGAUGCCGUCCUGGCCACUGCAAGCCUGAGUGGGCAAGCCAAAGCGGAGAGGUGGCAACAUGCAUGUCACACACUUCGCGAAUCACUCGCGGCAGCAUUUGCUCCUGACAAGGUUAUGCUGGGUGCAGCUGCAGAUGCUUGCGGCCGCUCUGGGCUUUGGCAGAAGGCGCUGGUGCUGAUCGGCGAAGCAGCCAUGAACCUGCCGAUAGCAAACUCAGUGCUGAACGGCUUCACGAAGGACGCCUCGUGGAAGCAAGCGGUGUGCUUCUUUGCAGACCUCAUCCAGGUUUCGCUGCAGCCAGAUCUUCUCUCUGUCAGCGCCCUCCUCGCAGCACGAGGGCCUUGGGCAGCCUCCCUCUACCAGGUAGACACCCUGGGCAUCACAGACAGGGCGGAUGAGAUUUUCUAUGAGGCGCUGCUGACCGCGAUUUUCUCGCAUGGGGCGCUAGCUGCUGCACUGCCGGCACUGCAGCGGCUCAGGGUGGAAGCGCUACGACAAUGGCGAAGGCCAUGA